UGCCUGCGGCUCCGGGCAGCCGCCCGGGAGCCAGGACACCUCAGGGCAGCGGAUAAGGCGCGGCGGCUGUGGCCUAGGGCACCUCCCCCCCGGCUUCCCGAACCCUGCCCGGUCAGACCCGAGGGGGAGGAUGGAAGAACCAGCCGCGCUCUGAGCCCCUCAGGAAAAUAACACCCUUCCGGCCACAUCACCCCCGGUCGUGCGGAGGCCACCGCCUCGUCCCCUCCACGUCUCCAUCUCCCAAAACAGGGCCGAGUGAAAAAGGGAGCGAUGGCAGAAAAUCUGAGAAAACUGGUCUCGAGCGAAACUUUACAAUCGAUGCACGACAAGCUAGAGUCCUGGCUGAGGGACUACAACACAAACACAUGUGAUCAAAAUCUCAAUCGUUGCCUUGAGUUCAUUGAACAAAUUUCCAAAGUGCAAGGACAACUCUUCAGGAUCCUCACCACGGCUGCCCAAGAAGGAGGACACAAUGAUGGUGUGGAAAUAAUCAAAUCGCGCCUUUUGCCUUGGCUGGAGGCCUCCUUUACUGCUGCUUCCCUGGGAAACACUGUUGACAGCAAGGUCCCCUCUCUACAGGACACGUUUGAUAAGGAGAGACAUAAAGAUCGAGAUCGGGACAUGCAGCAAUUAGACUCUGAGUUGAAUUCAACUCGUAAUCAACUCAACCAGGUUCAAGACGAUCUGGCUGAAACUGAAAAGACUCUUGAAGAAACCAAGAACAGAUCGGCCAUAUCCCUUCUGGCUGCAGAGGAGGAAAUAAAUCAGCUAAGAAAGCAGCUUAAAUCUCUUCAGGCCCAGGAGGAAAGCCGCCACAAAAACUUAGAACACAGAAGCCCAGAGCACUGGAGUGUGGACUCCAGAAGCUCGGAGCCCAGGACCUCAGAGCAGAGGAAGUUGGAGCAGCGGGUCCUGGACAAGAGGAGCACAGAACACCGGACCGAAGUGAUAUCCGAUUAUGAGAAACAGCUCCAGACGCUGAAGGACGAGAUAGCGGUUUUGUCCGCUGAAAAAGCUGUACUCCAAGGAAGGUCGGUCCGGAGCCGCACUCCCAGCCCUGCCCCGCGCAGCCGCAGCCGCAGCCGCUCCGCCAGCCCCUCCACCGCAGUGGCCAAGGUCAGGAGCCCGUCGCCGAACCGUGCCAAAGUGUCCAGCGUGGCGCGCAAGGCUGCCCUCCUGUCCCGGUUCAGCGACGCCUACUCCCAGGCCCGCCUGGAUGCACAGUGCUUGCUUCGACGCUGCAUCGACAAAGCUGAGACGGUGCAGCGGAUCAUCUAUGUCGCCACCGUGGAGGCAUUCCACGUAGCUAAAAUGGCAUUCAGACACUUCAAGAUCCGUGUGAGGAAAUCGCUGACACCAUCUUAUGCAGGGUGCAGUAACUUUGAGGAUGCCGUCUCGGAUUAUAUCAUUUGUCAUCUUGAUCUCUAUGAUUCCCAAAGCAGUGUUAACGACGUGAUCCGAGCCAUGAAUGUCAAUCCCAAGAUUUCAUUUCCUCCUGAAGUUGACUUUUGCCUCCUCAGUGACUUCAUCCAGGAGAUAUGUUGCAUUGCUUUUGCAAUGCAGACUUUAGACCCACCCCUAGAUAUUGCAUUUGGGGCUGAUGGAGAAAUUUUUAAUGAUUGCAAGUACCGUCGCAGCUAUGACUCCGAUUUCACUGCUCCCUUGGUCUUCUAUCACGUGUGGCCUGCUCUCAUGGAGAAUGACUGUGUCAUUAUGAAGGGAGAAGCUGUCACCAAGAGAGGGGCCUUUUGGAAUUCAGUGCGACCUGUAAGUCGAUGUCGAAGCAGGAGUUUAAGUCCCAUCUGCCCCCGUAGCCAUAUUGGUUUAAGCACGGUAUCUCGAAGCCGGAGUCCUUCUCCAAUAAGAUGUGGAUUGCCGAGGUUUUAAAACCACCAGACAUGUUACCUUGCCACAGGACGUCUGCAACAGCCAACUUCCCCCGUGCCUCUGUCUCCUGUGUCUGCCUCAGAACUCACUUAAGAUAAUGUGAAAAGGCAAUUCUGUGUAUCACUCCACACAGAGAGUUAAAUGUUUUGGCUUAG